AUGGACGUGGACGUGGACGUGGACGUGGACGUGGACGUGGACGUGGACGUGGUUAUGGACGUGGACAUGGACGUGGACGUGGACGUGGACGUGGACAUGGACGUGGACGUAUACGUAGACGUGGACGUGGACGUGGACGUGGACGUAGACGUAGACGUGGACGUGGACGUGGACAUGGACGUGGACGUGGACGUGGACGUGGAGGACGUGGACGUGGACGUGGACGUGGACGUGGAGAACUUGGACGUGGACCUGGACGUGAACGUGGACGUGGACGUGGACGUGGAGGACUUGGACGUGGACGUGGACGUUGACGUGGACGUGGACAAGGACAUGGACGUGGACGUGGACGUGACGUGGACGUGGACGUGGACGUGGACAUGGACGUGGAUGUGGACGUGGACGUGGACAUGGAGGUGGACGUGGACAUGGACGUGGACAUGGACGUGGACAUGGAAGUGGACGUGGACGUGGACAUGGACGUGGACAUGGACGUGGACGUGGACGUGGACGUGGACGUGGAGUGGACAUGGAGUGGACGUGGACGUGGACGUGGACGUGGACGUGGACGUGGACGUGGACGUGGAGGACGUGGACGUGGACGUGGACGUGGACGUGGAGAACUUGGACGUGGACAUGGACGUGAACGUGGACGUGGACGUGGACGUGGAGGACUUGGACGUGGACAUGGACGUGGACGUGGACAUGGACGUGGACGUGGGCGUGGAAGUGGACAUGGAGGUGGACGUGGACGUGGACAUGGACGUGGACAUGGACGUGGACGUGGACGUGGACAUGGACGUGGACAUGGACGUGGACGUGGACGUGGACGUGGAGUGGACGUGGAGUGGACGUGGACGUGGACGUGGACGUGGACGUGGACGUGGACGUGGACGUGGAGGACGUGGACGUGGACGUGGACGUGGCAUGGAGAACUUGGACGUGGACAUGGACGUGAACGUGGACGUGGACGUGGACGUGGAGGACUUGGACGUGGACAUGGACGUGGACGUGGACGUGGACAUGGACGUGGACGUGGGCGUGGACGUGGACGUGGACGUGGACAUGGACGUGGACGUGGACGUGGACGUGGACGUGGACAUGGACAUGGACAUGGACGUGGACGUGGACGUGGACGUGGACAUGGACGUGGACGUGGACAUGGUCGUGGACGUGGACGUGGACGUGGACGUGGACGUGGACAUGGACAUGGACAACUUGGACGUGGACAUGGACGUGAACGUGGACCUGGACGUGGACAUGGACGUGGACGUGGACGUGGACGUGGACGUGGACGUGGACGUGGACGUGGACGUGGACGUGGAGGUGGACGUGGACGUGGAGGUGGACGUGGAGUGGACGUGGACGUGGACGUGGACGUGGACGUGGACGUGGACGUGGACGUGGUUAUGGACGUGGACAUGGACGUGGACGUGGACGUGGACGUGGACAUGGACGUGGACGUAUACGUAG